AUGAGUAAUAUUGUAAGGGCACCUGAGGGCACUAUUGUAAUUUUUGUGCUUGGUGGACCUGGCUCCGGUAAAGGCACGCAAUGCAGUAAAAUAGUCAAAGACUUUGGAUUUGUUCAUUUGUCCGCUGGAGAUUUGCUUCGAGAAGAGCAACAAAAUCCGAAUUCCAAAGAUGGCGAUUUGAUAAAAACAUAUAUUAAAGAAGGCAAAAUCGUGCCCAUGGAAAUUACCGUUAAAUUGCUUUCGAAGAAAAUUCAAGAAAGCAAGUCGAAUAUAUUCUUGAUAGAUGGUUUUCCGCGAAAACAGGACCAGGCUUUAUAUUUUAGCGAAAAU